GCAAUAGACUUGUAUAUUUAUUCUAAUACAAUAGUAAAAUAGUCCUCUAUACAUGACUAAGACUGCAGCAGGAAAAUCAGUUGAAGCACACUGACUGCUACAUGCAAGUUUACAUGAGAUUCAAUAUUCCUAGUUUUCUUUGUACUGUUCUGUUCAUUGUAGGCUGUAGUGCUAGUGUGAUGAUGUAUAUGAUGGUCAUCAUAUGAACAUUUCAUACAAUCAUUUCAAUUAUAACCAACUUAAACUGAUUCUGGAAAUAAUUUAAAGCAAUAAAAAUAAUAAAAGCCAAGGGUAAGAAGCAAGGGUGUAAUGUUAUGUAACAAUAUAUUCUAUACAAAAAUAAGUACAAUACAAUAUGCACAUAUCUACUAGACUAAAUUAUACUUAUAAUUUAAUUAUAUUAUAAUAAACUCACUAGGGUUUGGAUUGAUAGAUAGAAACCGUUAUUUAUUUCAUAUAUAUUACAGCACAGUGACAUUCUUUCCAACAUUGAAAUUAAGAGCACAGGUUCAGCCAUAAUACCUUGAACAUUGGGGGAUAAGGGCCUUGCUUUAGGGCCCAAGAGUGGGGCUUGAACCCUGAGCCUCCUAUUCUACAAUCCAGAGUCUUAAACACUUGAACCUGCACAUCACACACAAUGGAGUAAAUUUGCAUGCACCAGCUGGCAGCCACACAAAAUAUUUACUUUCAGUUUUAAAGUCCUUUGAGCUAUUUACACUGGACUUCAUAAGUGAAACUAUUGUCAUCUCUCUUUAAAACUUUCACUUUUGAUUUUAAAGUUCUACGAGUUAUCCAAACUGGACUUCUUAAGAAAUACAUCUAUCGUCUUUUCCCUUUUAAGAUUCUGCUGCUGUAAAAGUUUCACAUUCACCAAGUAAACCAUGUCUUUCAUUAAGAAUAUGUGGAACAAAUGGUGGUACGGUGCUGAAUUCUUUCCGAAAGACUGGAGAGCAGUAAAUUGGGACAGUAAAAGUAAGCUUGAAGACAGUUUGAGAACUUUGACCCCAAGUAAUCCAGAUGUCAAAAAACUUCAAAUCCUACUUUAUGGACCUGUUGGAGUUGGAAAGUCCACCUUUAUAAAUUCCCUAAUCAGCGUCUUUCAAAACCGGGUUGUUUCCAAAGUGAAAGCAGCAUCAUCAUUAUCCACCAGUUGCACAAAAACUUACAAAGGCUAUGAUAUCAAAUGUUCACCAUCUGGAACUUUGCCACUCACCAUAUUUGAUUUUAUGGGUCUGGAGGAAACAAAACAAAAUGUUCAUCCUGAUGAUUUGAAAAAUGCACUGCGUGGACAUUUGCCAAAUGGUUAUGAGUUUACUCCUAACAAGCCAUUGUCUUCAAAUGACAUUCGCUACAUCAAGAACCCCUCAGAAGGCGAAAAAACACAUUGCCUAGUCUGUGUUGUGUCAGCCAAUAGUGUCUCUCGAAUGACUGAAGCUGCCAUUGGCAGGAUGAAAACGGCUUUAGAGGAAGCCAAUAAACUUGGAAUCCCUGAAGUUGUUAUCCUGACUAUGAACGAUCUAGCCUGUCCAGCGGUUCUGUAUGAUUUGAAAAAUAUCUACAGAAGCAAGACAAUAAAGGCGAAGAUGACAACAUGCAGUAACAGAUUACAAGUUCCAAUGACCUGCAUCUUCCCUGUGAUAAACUACCACGAGGAGAUAACAACAAACAAUGACACUGAUGUCCUCCUCCUGCUGGCACUGAAACAAAUUGCACAUUUUGCCAAUGAUUAUGUGGAAAUAGCUUAA